AUGGCUCUUUCGGGAGAGUUAUCAAGAGACCUCUGGAUAUGGCGUAAAAUCGACUUGCUGCUCCCAAGAUACUUCCACACCCGGUUCUACGAUCUCCAGGCCAUCGAUCUCAGCCGUGGCGGCUUGCUGGAGAUCAACUUUGUGAACAUAGGGAGCGAUUCUCUCCUCACUUACACCGCCAACAGAUCAAGUAAUCUGAGACGCCUUAGAGUUGUUGACUUCCUUGGAAUAACGACAAGAGGGAUUUUGGAAGCAGUCGUAAAACUCCCAUUGCUUGAAGAAGUUGAGUUUUCAUUUCGGCUUAUCGAAGAAGACCUUUUGAAAGAUGUAGGUCAGUCUUGUCCCAAUCUGAGAACGUUGAAGGCAUACGACAAUAGUUACGUAAAUAGUGGUGAUGACGUUGCUCUAGCGAUCGCUAAAACAAUACCCGUUCUUUGCCACCUCCAGCUUUUUGGGANUCGGCUUAUCGAAGAAGACCUUUUGAAAGAUGUAGGUCAGUCUUGUCCCAAUCUGAGAACGUUGAAGGCAUACGACAAUAGUUACGUAAAUAGUGGUGAUGACGUUGCUCUGGCGAUCGCUAAAACAAUACCCGUUCUUUGCCACCUCCAGCUUUUUGGGAACGGAUUAUCCAAAACCGGCAUAAAAGCCAUAUUUGACAAUUUUCCGAACUUGUUACAUCUUGAGUUAUGUGGUGGACACCUGUACUUCAAUGUUAAACUUGUUAAGAAUUUAGAGAAGCGGUAUUCCGAGAAGAUCAAAGUUGUGAGAUACUUAUAUCAGGGGUGA